AUGGGUAAUCUGACCAUGAUCAAAGAAUUCCUCCUUCUGGGAUUUGGGAGUCUGAAUGGGUUACAGUUUUUACUUUUUGGACUAUUUUUGGGUAUCUAUGUGGUGACCUUGAUGGGGAACAUUGUCAUUCUUACAGUCAUUUGCAGUGACCGCAGCCUCCAAAACCCCAUGUACUUCUUUCUGUCCAAUUUUUCCUUCCUUGAGAUCUGGUACACUACUUCCAUUACUCCUAAGAUGCUAAAGACCCUCCUCUUGGGUCCGGAGGCGAUUUCCUUUGCUGCCUGUGUGGCCCAGUUUUACUUCUUUGGUUCCAUGGCAGUAGUUGAGUGCUUUCUGCUGGCAGCCAUGUCUUAUGACCGCUACCUCGCUAUCUGUAGCCCCCUCCACUACCCAUCUCUCAUGAAUAUCUACACAUGUGUCAUGCUUGCAGGUGGGUCUUGGCUGGGUGGCUUCCUAACUCCUGUGGUCACUGUCACCAUGACUUUCCAGUUAUCAUUCUGUGCAGGCUAUGAAAUUGAUCACUUCUUCUGUGACUUGGCCCCUGUGCUGAAGCUGGCUUGUUCUGAUUCUGGGACAGUGGAAAUGACUACUUUCCUGAUGGCCUCCGUUGUCACGAUGGUGCCCUUUCUACUCACUAUAGCUUCCUAUGUUCAUAUUGUGGUUGCUGUUCUCAGGAUUCCAUCCGCAGCAGGAAAGCAACGAGCUUUCUCCACCUGCUCCUCCCACCUCGUUGUGGUCACUUUGUAUUAUGGAACUCUAGGAACAGUGUAUGCCAUUCCCACAGCAACCCAAACUGCUGCCCUAAACAAGAUCUUCUCACUUCUCUACACUGUAGUCACCCCCAUGAUCAAUCCCAUUGUGUACAGCCUGAGAAACAAGGAUGUUAAAAAUGCAGUGAAGAGACUCCUGAGUCAAUAG